UGAGUACGAUGGAAUGGUUACUUACUACAAAGAGUCUUGUACUGUCAGACCACAGAGAUUUCUUUGAUGCUCCACGCCAGCAGGUCCAGCAGAGCUCUACAGGAAAGUCAACCGAACUCACGUGCAAAUAGAGUGGGAAUGGAAUAUGAAAGACACAAAGUUUGGUAAUUUUACAACCAUUCGAAAGGAGCUAAAACUUCAUGUUUCUUAUCCACCCAGUGUCACAAAUCUCAUGGUAGAUGGAAAAGAAGCAAGAGGUAGCUUUGUUAUAAACGAGGGUACUGAGGUCAACAUAUCAUGUUCUUUUGAGAAAGGAAAUCCCUCCACGAACUUCCUUCUUCUAGAUAAAAGAGGAAAGGAAAUAAAAGCAUCUAGAGACGAACACCAUUUGAACCUCUCCCUUGUUCUCCAAUGCAAAGAUGACUGGCCCACCAUCAGAUGUCAAGGAAGCGGCUCUGAGACGAACGAGUCUGUCUCUUUUCUUGUUAAGUGCCGUCCUCAGUUUGUCGACAAGUACCCCAAGGUUGUGGAGACUGCAGCAAACAUAAAGUGGAUAUUAACCGUAAAAGCCCACACAACUGUCAUUCAAAAAUGUCUCUUGAUGUCGCUAACAUUAGGAGAGAAUUCAAACAGAAAAGUCAAAUGUACCCUGACUGGUGACCCCCCUGACCUGCUGCUGAUUGUCUCCCUUGACAAGGAGGAUGUGGCAAGGGGAGGAAACUGGGAGCUAUCUCUCCACAAUGAGAAAGGCUCAUCAGACACAUUAGUGUUUAACAUACAAUCACGUGAGUAUAGUUUCAAGUUUGUAUUAAUAACUUCUGUAGAAACAUUAGUGUUUAAUUACACAUAG